AUGGAAGGAGGAGCCGUCCCGGCGGGUGCGGGCAAGGCGGCCUAUGGCGCUGGAUUGCCCAAGAGUCCACUUCAUCCACAGCCACAACCCACCGUCGGCGCCCGCCUGGCCGAUGCUGAACAAGAGCCAUGUGCGGCUGAAAUAGUUCCUCAAAUCAUCACAGUUCAAGGUGGACAGGAUGUAGCAAUGGAAGUCAAGUCGUAUGGUGGGAAUGGUUGGGCAUUUUUUAUCAUAUCUGCCGAGGGCGCCGUUUCCAACGUGACACUGCAUCAACCAGCUUCUCCCCUUGAAAUAGUUAUUCAUGAGGGUUGUUUUGACAUUGUCUCUAUGACCGGCUCGUAUCUGCCGUCAAAAACUGAUGGAGUGAGCUCUCUAAAAGGUGGGUUCGCUAUUUCGCUUGUCGGUGCUGAUGGCCGCAUCUUCGGCGGUGGGUUAGCAGGACCUCUGAUUGCAGCAUCACCUGUUCAGGUGGUCAUUGGAAGGUUUGCAGCUGAUGAAAAAGAGGAGAUGAAACAGGAUGUGGCCAGUGGAACUCCAGGUGCUACUGAAUCGAGUGGUUCUGCGAGUGGAUCCUCUAGUGGUCCAGCAAGCCCAUCAAACUAG